UUUGAUUGUGAGGAACGUUCCAGCAUUAGGUUGCGGCGAUGACUUGCUGCAACUCUUUUCAUCAUACGGAGAAGUAGAGGAGUGUAAGCCAAUGGACGCAGAAGACUGUGAGCAAUUCACCGAUGUUUAUUGGAUCAAGUUUCGUCUUUUCAGCAAUGCCAGGUUUGCGAAAAGAAAAUUGGAUGAUUUUGUUUUCCUCGGAAACCGAUUACAGGUUUCGUAUGCUCCUCAUUUUGAGAGUCUGUCGGAUACAAAGGAUAAAUUGGAGGUUAGAAGAAGGGAGGUUUUAGCUCGACUGAACCCUGGAAGAUCCAAAGAGACUAUUGCCUCAAGCUCUAGGUCCGUAAUUACAUCAAGCACCAGUUGCUUAUCAGAACAUCUAAAUCCUAAUCAAAGAAAUGCAGAAUUUGAAGCAAAGUCAAACGACGGUAAUCUUCCAAAAAGAAUGGUUUCCUCUAAUGAGGACUAUUUUCCCUCCCGUUCCAUGAAUCAAACAGUGAGGUUUGUCAGGGAUAAGCUUGAUAAGAUUCAAUCCAGUGGCGAGCAUCUACAAGCUGGAUCAACAUCAAAAAAAGCACGAGUUGAUAAUAGGAGGAGGAUUUAAUGUGUAAAAUUAAAAAGUUUUAGAAUGGAGCCCUACAUUAUCGGAUUUCCUCUCUCUCUCUCUCUCAAGCUCUAUUCAUUCCUUCUGGUUCAAGAUCGAUCUCCUUUUGGGAUUUGUUCGAAUUAAUGUUAUAAGGGGUGAAAGUGUAUUAUGAAUUCCAUUGGAGUGUCUGUGCUCUUGCAUUUACCUAGAGGUAGAUAUUUCACUCGUUCUUGUUAGCUCUUAUGUAGUUUGAAAUUUGUAAUGUAUCCAUAUUAACUUGCUUCUGGUUGAGUUUUGUUUUCCAUUUUGUGGAAAUUAGUUGUCUUUGUAAAAUAGGGCAAAAACCUUGUUUGAGUUACAUCAAUUACUAUUUUAAUAAAUUAUUAAUAUAGUUAAUUGAUAUGAAUA